UAAUGUAUUAUUAAAGUAUUUGUUCACAACAAGAACAAUGUCAACCGAAACACAUGUAGCGUACCAUACAUGUACUAACGAUCCAAAAUAUACCCAGUAUAAUAUAACAUUUCAAGAAAAGGAAACCUUAAAUGAAGACUACGGAAUAUUCAAAGAAAGUGAUGAUAAAUUAAAAGAUGAUCAACCCGACAAAACUUGGCAAUUCCAGGACAGCAAAGAUAUGCAAACCAGUAGAAAUAGAUGGAGAUUUGGAACGGUAUUGUUUAUACUAACGACAGUUUUGUGUUUGGUAGUAACAAUUUAUUUUGCUACAUCAUCCAGCUCUAACAAAAGUGAAAAUUCACAUGGACACUCAAGUUUACAACGAAAGACGGAAGAUCUUACCAAGACUAAAGGAUUUACAGAGACGAAAGGUUAUACAACUAGAGAAGACGCAUGUGUCAGUUCUCCGUGUUUGAAUGGUGGAACUUGUAUAACAGCCGGAUGUAGCUACUACUGUAUAUGUCAAGAUGGUUUCACGGGAUACAAGUGCGGAGUGACACCAUGUACUAGUUCACCAUGUUUAAACAACGGAGAAUGUAACAUACAAAAUGAUACAUACCGAUGUGAUUGUCCUGUUGGUUUUAAUGGAUCUGAAUGUCAAGAAACACCGUGCUCUGUGGAACCCUGCUUCUACAAUGGCACAUGCACUGUACUUGGGAAUUCAUUCAACUGUGCGUGUACGAAUGGAUACAAUGGAUCAAAAUGUGAAGUCACACCAUGCCUCAGUUCACCGUGUUUAAAUGGGGGAGCAUGCACACCAGCUGGAAGUACUUAUAUUUGUUCUUGUCCAACUGGUUACUUUGGAAACCAAUGUCAAGUUCAAAGUUCAUGCCAGUAUGGCUGGAAGAUGCAUGAAAACAAAUGUUACUACUUCAGCAAUAUCAACAAGAAUUGGAAUGGUGCCAAGAUUGCAUGUAAAAAGCUCAAAAGUAUGCUUGCAGAACCUAAAAAGAUGAGUGAUAUUAGCUUUCUUAUCUCAAAGGCGAAAAGGUACCGGAAAACUUUUUGGCUUGGUGGAUCAGAUCGUGCUAAAGAAGGUGUAUGGGUAUGGACAACUAGUGGACAGAAUAUUACAGUAACUGAUUGGCAUACACGCACUGUACGUGAACCGAACAAUCAGAAUGGAAACGAACAUUGUCUGGACAUGCAUAUAAACUUGGACUAUGAAUGGAAUGAUGACACUUGUUGGAAUAGGAAUAGAUACAUAUGUGAAAAACCAUUGAUGUAAACAUUAUGGCAACGAAAGAACAGACCACGUUGUGACAUUUUAUACAACAAUUGUACAUGUUACUCUAACGAUUAAAGAUAUUGCUUUCGUUUAGCCUUCA